AUCUAACAACUUUUUCUGUUGUUAUUAGAGACUUUUGGAGACUUUCUGGCAUGAAAGCACAUAUCGUUUUUACUCUUCUCAAUGAGUAGCGGGUGCUGCCGUGGGUCCCACCCCGUCCCAAAUCACUCACAGGUGGCCCAGUCCUCGCGCAGCAGCCCCUCCCAGCUGUAGACAGAGCAGGAGAUGUUCACUCCUCCACGUAAAGACUGCAAAAGAAUCGCGCAAAUGAGUUUUAGCUAUUUUAGCGACUUUUCAGACCCUGCCGUCAUCCCAAACGUCUCCCCAAUGAAAUCGGCUUGACAAUGAUGGCCAAUGAGGGUCGCCAGGUUCCUGAGAUCAUUAAACUGCUGGACUGGGUGGACAACACAGACCACUACUUCGUGGUCAUGGAACGGUCCUUUCCUUGCAUGGACUUGUCUAGUUUCAUGAAGCUCCAUGGGGGGAUCCUCGAUGAGCAGACUGCACGACAUGUUAUGCGCCAGGUCAUUCAUGCUGCUCAAAUUUCCUGCAAGCGUGGUGUCCUCCAUCUCGACAUUAAACUGGAGAACUUGCUGGUGAACCACAAAACCAUGGAGGUCAAGUUGACUGACUUUGGGUGCGGUGCACUCAUGAAGAAGACUGCCUUCAAAGUCUUCAGUGGCACAGAGCUGUAGUGUCCCCCAGAGGUCUAUUUCUACGGCAGGUACUACGCAAAGCCGACGACAGUGUGGUCUCUAAGCAUUCUCCUGUUUGCAAUGGUGUGCAGAGCUUGCCGUCACUCACUCUAGUUACGUCUACCCUGUUCAGUGAAUGAGAGGAGCAGCUUAUCUGUUGAGUGCACGGCCACUGACAGACGUGAAUGAGCAGUGUUUUUCCACGGACCCAUCACUUAUCUGCUUUCUUUAAAUAAUAAUGUUUUUUUUAUUUCAUUAUUUUAGUUUCCUUUCUUUUCUUGUGCUUACAGUAUUAUUAUUUUUUUAUCAGUCACUAGGCCAGCAUCAGUUUUACUCGUUCUAUUGUGUGACAAAAAAUAUGUCAGAAAUGAGAACGGCUUUAUUUUACAUGCGGCUAUAUUAUCAAAACCGUUUCCUUCACCUCACAAAAGAAUUAGUUAUAAAUCUGUUUUUAUAGGGUGGGUUUCACUAACUAUAUGUUAUUUGAGGUAGACAAGAAAUGCUUUUUACCAAUCUGUGACAUGCAAAACAAUAAUAAA